UCCUCAUCUUCUCAUCAUCACCACACACUCAAGCACACCAGAAACAUAGACCAAAGAUGGAGGACAGCCAAGCGAAAGAACAGACCAUCAAACAAGCACCACUAUCAUUGAAGAACUUGAACCAAUCCACCACCGAUCUCUCAAACAUGAAAAUCUUGAUCAUUCAUACCGAAUGGAAUAAGACGAUCAUCAACAAUUUACUCAAGUUCUCUAUCCUAACACUUCAAUCCCUGAACUUGAAAGCUGAAAAUAUCCUAAUCCAAUCUGUCCCUGGUUCUUAUGAACUUCCUUGGGCUUGUAAUUCAGUUUUAUCUAAUCCUACGAUGCAUAAGGACAUUGACGCAAUCAUCGCGAUGGGUGUAUUGAUCAAGGGAGACACGAUGCAUUUCGAAUAUAUCGCAGAUUCAGUGUCACAAAAACUGAUGGAAGUAUCCAUCAAGCACAACAAGCCGAUCAUCUUUGGGGUCUUGACAUGUUUGACGGAGGCCCAGGCGCUGAUCCGAUCCGGCCUAGAUCCUUCCUCGCCCUCCAACCACAACCAUGCGAUCGAUUGGGCCAAAGCGGCUGUCGAUUGUGCACUCAACUCCCGUCGAUUUGCGCAAGACGAUCUAUCAUCCACACAUCACCAUUUCCUCACAGCCGAAGAUCCAUCGUUGGUCGCCUGAUCAUCGCAAGGGUCCCCUCAACCUUCAGUGGCUAAGGCUCACAACGCUAGUAGUUCUGGGCUGGAUGCGGAAAAACAUCAUCCGCCAGACUCCAUCAGUUGAGGCUAUUGCUUUCUGUUAAAGAUUAGCCAAGUCUUGAUUUAUGUUUAUACCAUCAACAGACUUCAUCAUUAGAGACAUUCCACAUGGUGAUCUAUGUAUAUACCGUCAACACGUCAUCAUUAGAUACACGCCAUAUAGAGAUCAGAUAAUUACCUGGUUUAGCAUCAACCAAACCAUUGACUAUUCUAAGCCCUGUGUAGAGAUGAAUAUUAUCAAUGAUGUGGAUGGAAAUAGAAGAUCUGUAAUCAUAAAAAACCUGAAACAAUA